AUGGCUGGAUGGAAUGAUUGUGCGAUAGCUGAUGCUCUCCAAGCCUUGGCUCAGGCUUUGGGGAAUCAGAAUAAGGGAGAAGCUGUUGGAGCUGCUGAGUACCAAGGGUUGAACCACUUCCAACAAAACAAUCCCCCUGGUUUCAAUGGAGGAUACAACCCUGAUAGUGCUCAGAAUUGGAUAAGGGAGAUCGAGAAAAUCUUCCAAUGGGAGAAUACUCGUCAAUGCUUAGAGGUUGAAGGUCAAGUUGUGACCUGGGAAGUCUUCAAGAGGGUAUUUCUGGAGAAAUACUUUCUUGAGGAUGUUAGGAACAAGAAGGAGAUGGAGUUCUUGGAGCUCAAGCAGGGAAACAUGACUGUGGCUAAAUAUGUAGCCAAGUUUGAAGAGUUGGUGAGGUACUUUCCCCAUUAUCAAGGAAGAGAUGGCGAAAGUUCAAAAUGUGUGAAGUUUCUGAACGACUUGCAACUUGAAGUGAAGCAAGUCGUGAAUUACUAA